UGCGGCAAUUUUGUUUCGUAUAAACCCAGGUUCCUCGCUAUCCCUAAUUAUUUAAACCAACCAUUAUGUCGGGCAAGGCCUUAAAUAUUGGUGAUCAGUUUCCCAACUUUUCUGCCGAAACGAGUGUGGGAAAAAUAGAUUUUUACGAUUGGAUGAGCGAUAGCUGGGCUAUUCUGUUCUCCCAUCCGGCGGAUUUUACGCCGGUCUGCACUACGGAAUUGGCCAGAGUGGCGGCCUUAGUUCCGGAAUUCCUCAAGCGAGGAGUCAAGCCAAUUGCUUUGUCCUGUGACACCGUAGAAUCGCACAAGAGUUGGAUCGAGGAUAUCAAGAGCUUUGGCAAGCUUAACAGCUUCGAUUAUCCCAUCAUCGCGGAUGAUAAGCGGGAACUGGCCCUGAAGUUCAACAUGCUGGACAAGGAUGAGCUCAAUGCUGAGGGUAUUCCUCUUACCUGUCGCGCAGUUUUCGUUGUGGAUGACAAAAAGAAGCUACGCUUAUCCAUCCUGUAUCCUGCUACCACAGGUCGCAAUUUCGAUGAAAUUCUUCGAGUCAUCGACUCACUUCAUUUGACCCAAACAAAGAGCGUGGCCACGCCUGCAGAUUGGCAAAAGGGCGGCAAGUGCAUGGUUUUGCCAACCGUUAAAAACGAAGAUGUUCCAAAGCUCUUUCCCAAUGGCAUCGAAACAAUUGAAGUUCCUUCCGGAAAGAGUUAUCUCCGGAUCACUCCUCAGCCCUAAGGAUACAAAUGGUUUUCUUUCAAGUAUGACUUUAUUACAAAAAUUAUAAUUAAUAACAAAAUAAUGCACAAUAAAGUAUACGCUUACAACCGUA